AGCGGCACGCAACCACGGCCCUGCGUUAUCUUCCUACAGCGUCACACAGUUGGCGGUGAACGUGCACGCAAAAGGGACGGCAAGCGAGAGGCAACGAUUAAUCGAAGGAGGUGUACGAGCGAGUGAGAACAUUGAAUUGAACGUGAAAGGGUUUUUUUGUUGUUGUUGUUGGGUUGUUGCUGUACGCUUGCAGUGGAGUUAACCGGUAGAUGGACACUUUUUGUUUAAUUUAGUACUGUGUCAAAUACGCAACUGCGGAAGUCCAACUGUGUGACACGAGCUUUGUGCUCUGUAUGUUUCUGUGUGGGUUGCAGAACGCGUUUCUUACUAGCGGCAGCAAAACGCAUGAAACGCACUCGCCCGCCUGCUGCGUGACGCCAGUCUUGCAUAUCAGGAAACGUCAAACUACGAACAAAAGCAGCAGCAGCAACAACAACAACAACCACCGGCUGGCUGCUGCAUUCUAUUUCGAUUCGUGAAAGGGGGUGCAAACGUGUUUAAAGGGGUGUGUGUGCGUUUCGUGAAAACUGUAAAACAACAUUUUCACUGUGUGCGAGUGAGACCAGAAUCGGUGGUGUGCUUUUUGUAACGCGCUACACGGUGGCAAAAAGCACGAAAUAAUGGCGUCAUCUCACGCACACACGACACGGCACGGCAGCGCAACCACCAGCGCGUGCUAUUGUACGGUGGUGAUGUCGUGAGCUGCACGUACGGCAUCAAAUUCACUGAGGGGUGGUUUUUGUACACAAGAAAACCCUCCAAAGCGUACGUCUGUGCACGUGAGAAGGAACACACUUCGCGUGGAAGAUAGUGAAAACAACAAAAAAGGCACACACAAAACAGGCAAAUGUCACAGUGAGUGACAGAAUUUCACCGUGAAGUACACCAAAAAAGUGAACAAACCACCGUAACUGCAAUUAAUCUCACACGAUGAACGACGCCGUUGUCGGUACGCUUGGUGCCGGCAGCAUCCUUACCGGGGACUCGCCGGAAGAUUCCCCAAUGAGCCCGACGGGCACGGGUGGCAGUGGCAGCGAGAGCAGCAACUCACCGAGCGCACCCUCAUCCAUUUCUUCCUCCACCAGCGGUUCGUCCGCGUCCACCUGUGAGGCAUCGUCACCACCGGCCGUCACCGCACAACCGGCACAAGUGCUCUACAUGCCCGUCGGGCUGGCCAACAUCAAGGAGGAGCUGCCGGAACCGGAAAUACAGGCUGAUUCAGAAUUAUCACUGGAGGAAGGUCACGCCUUGGUUCAAGUCCUUGAAGACACACCGAACGAUGAGGCACCUCCACCCGAACCGGAGGUGGAAAUACGUGCCGGCAAGGCGGACAAAUCCUUCCGUAAGCUCACCUCCGAUGGCUAUUCCGCAAAGUCGGCCGUCGUGCGUCUGCAGAUGGGCAAGGUUACCUAUCAGCUAACGGACCAGAUGCUCAAAUCCGGUGCUCUUGCCGCGAUGCAUAAUCCACUCCUCCUGACCAAGGACCAACUCGAACGCAUGAUUGCCGAGAAAGAUCCCGAGCUGGAGUACCGGAAGCACCACAACAACAACAGCACCUGGCAGCGCUAUAUGCCGAUGUACUACAAAGGCAUCAAGCAAAACUAUGUGCGAUGUCUCGAAUGUGGCUGGCUGGUACUGCAUAAGGCCAGUACCGGUACGGGCAGCUUACUCCGGCACCGCUGCAAAAUUAAAGUGGCCGGUGUGGAGGUGAAGCUUGAACCGAAAGUAUCCAGUAGUUGGAACACUUCCCAGGGUAAACCGGCACCGAUGGCGAAAUCGGCGGCUGCCAUUGUGGGUAAGGUCCAACCGCCCCCAACACCACCGUCAACGACGUCGGUAUCGACUCCACCUCAAAUGGUUAAGUACGGUGGUGGCACCACACUGCCACAGAGCGUAAAGGACGAGUUGGUCCGGCAGCAGGCAUGCGUACUGUACAAAGACAUCGUUAGUGCGGAUCUGUUCGAUCAGCCAAGCUUCCGGGCGCUCGCACAGAUGCUGGUCAACAUCGGUGCAUUCUACGGCCAGCAGUCGGAAGGAUUGCUAGCUUCCCGUGACGCACUGCUCGAAACCGUACUGCCCGCCAUGUACCACGAGGCAAAGGGCCAACUCAACAAGGUGCUGUCCGACUGCGAUCUCACGUUCAGCUUCAGUCUGUUUCGGCACGAGCACGAACGCCGUAGUUACGUAGCCAUCAACGCCUAUACGGUCGCGUCCGACUAUUACUUCCGACCACUGCACGUGAAGACACUCGAUGUGACCGGACAGGAGGUUGCGUAUGUUGAACACCUGCAGCGUAUUAUCGAGGACAGUCUGGCACGGUCCUUCUCCGAUCCGAUAAAGCUAGUGUACGGUGGUCCGCUGGAAGCGGAAGAUUGUACCGAAACGGAGAAACACCUGCGCAAUCAGCGCGAACAGUACGAGCUGAUACCGUGUGCAGUGACGAUGCUUUGGAGCAUCAUGAAGCGUGUGCUGGAGAUGUUCCAGUGCGAUAGUGGCCGUUACCUGGAGCGUUUCAUGCUAAGCUCAGCGAACGAGGACGAGGAUGAGACUGUGCCACCAGAGCUUGCCGUACUUCAGCGCUUUCUCGAGCCAUUCCGGGAACCGAUCCGAGGUCUCGCCUCUGACACGGGCGUCACCAUCAGUGAGGUUGUUCUGUGGCGCAAAAAACUCGAGCUUAGCUUCCGUUCCGAGCCAGAAGAUGAGGAGGAGGUCCGUUUACUGAAGGAAACCCUCCUGGGACAACUGCGAACACAUUUCCCCCUGCACGACUACCAUCGGAUAGCGGUAUUUCUGGACCCGAAGUUCAAGGGUCUACGCUUUCUGGCCGACGACGAGCGAGACGAAACGUUGGCCAAGGUAAAGCAACACCUGCACGCCGAUCUCGAAGGCAUUGAGCGGGUCAAGCGGGGCCAGUACGGUUCGCACGGGGUCCGCAAACGGCGCAGUUCACUUCCACCGUCCGAGUUGCGGUUCUACGAGUUUAUGGACGCAUCGCUGAAGCUCGAAUGUGACGAUGUGGUGGACGACGAGAUACAGCAGUACGUGGACGUGAAGCUGGAAAGUGCGGUCGACAUAAUGUCGUACUGGCGAAAUGAAACGGCGUUCCCGCUGCUGAAGCGCUUGUGCCGGCGUAUACUAAACAUUCCUGCGGCCUGUGAUGAGAUGAGGCAGCUGUUCGGUCAGACCGGACAGCGUGACCUGCAGAAGCGGCGGCUUGCGUUAAGCGAUCGCGAGCUGGAUAUGGUGAUGUAUCUCCAUCAGAAUGUGAGCAGUCCUUGAGCGGGCACUGCUGUGGUCUGAGAUCUUGAGAGUGAUCAAGAUGAAAGAAUAAAGUUUAUAUUUAUUAAUUUUUAA